AUGCCUCCAUUCUGCCUAGUCUUUGGAAAAGUAUGCCACCUUCCAGUGGAAAUAGAACACCGGGCAUACUGGGCUAUGAAACAAUUGAACAUGGAUUUGAAAACUGUCGGUGAAAAGCGUUUAUUGCAACUCAAUGAGCUAGAUGAAUUAAAAAUGGAAGCAUAUGAAAACUCGAAACUUAUCAAAGAACACACCAAAAGGUGGCAUGAUCUACACAUUCAGAGACGAGAUUUCGAGGUCAUCCAUGAAACAAAAGGAACAUUCACAGUUAAUGGGCAAAGGCUGAAACACACUAUUGGGGCGAGGAUUUCUCAAAACAAAAGUCCACCGUCUAACUCAAAAUGCCUAAUUAAAGCAGAAGUGGAGGAGUCGAGCUAUAAACUAUAA